ACUAAUAAUUCCGUAGGAAGAACAUGAAAGAGAAUUUUCUCAAGGCAUACCUUACCAAAUGGAGGAAGAUGAGUAGUAGAGGUCCACGUUGUGACGGUUGCGAGUUCAGUUAUAAGUGGGCUAAUUGGCCAAACUCCAUGCAUGAAAGGAGCUCAAUCCCAAGGAAUGUGCCAAAGGGUCACUUAGCAGUGUAUGUUGGUAAAGACUAUAAAAGGUUUGUGAUUAAAACCACCUUGCUCAAGCACCCACUUUUCAAGGCAUUGCUGGAUCGAGCUCGAGACGAGUAUGGUUUCGCCACCGAUUCCAGACUCUGCAUUCCUUGUGAUGAAAGCCCCUUCCUCAAUGUCGUUCGUUGUGUUAACUCUCCACAAGAUUGCAGAUUCUCCCGGUGUCUUUAGGAAUUCAUGCUGGAACUUUGAUUGAUUCACCAUGUACCAGUCCUAAUGUGAAGAGUACAAUUUUGUAACAUAAAUACUGUAAUCUAUAAACGUAGUUCAAUUGAAAAAUAUUAACCUCCGUUUUUACCUACAAGUAA